AUGUCUGUUCCUCUGUUGCGGGCGCGAAGACAAUCCUCUCGGCCUGCCUCCUUCGCCGCUAUAAGCAAGGAGGUUGACCCAGAAAACGAGGACCUGAUUCUUCAUAGAAGAGAACGGCUAAUCCCGUGGAGCAAGUCUCCUUUCUUUGACAAACUCACGGUCGAAUAUCGGAAAUUGCGGGAGGAACGGCGGCAGUCGAGCUAUCAUGGGGAUGCAAGCACACCUGUUCCAGGGCGCCAUGCCGAAACAUACGCGGGGAUGUUGACAGCGGAUGAAAUCAAAGAUGUCGAUAAAAGUAAUGACGAAGAGCGCGGAGAACGCCCUCCAGCGUGGCUGGAUCUCUUUUAUGAUCUAGCUUGGGCUAGUACGUUUGCGAAUCUGACCCAGAAUAACAUGAUCUCUGGAGGUGAAGAGUCGAUAUCAUACGCUGUAUUCUUUUCUAUGGUGUGGUGGAUGUGGAUUUCUCAAGUUUCAUAUGAUAUUCGAUUUUAUUCAAACGAUUGGUUCCAUCGCAUCUUCGUGUUCUUACAGCUUUGUACGUUUGGGGCCCUCGCGGCCUUCACGUCAAAAUUCGAUGUCACAGCAUUCGUUGGGUCGGAUGACAAGGACCCAGUCCAAAAGGCACUCGAUGACUUCAAUCGUGUAUCUCCGAAUCAGCAAUUGGCCAACGAUCUUGCGGAACAACGAAUACCCGAGGUUUCUUUCUUUGGUAUAGCAUUGGUCAUAGGUAUAAGCCGAGUUUUGCUGUGUAUCCAAUAUAUCCGAGUCUGGCUUUAUGCACACGAUAAACGAGAUCCUGCCGUAGUUGUCAAACCGCUUGCUAUGUUUAUCAGCGCCGGUUUAUGGUGCGGUUCCUUCGCCAUGCUAUUCACAGCACGAUACACCAACAAUGCUGCUCAUAUAUCAAAAUUUAUAAUGUGGGGCGUUGCGACCGCUAUUGAAGUUGCCGGCCAUUAUUUUGCUCCCCCUGCAGGACACUUGCGAAGCAUGGGGAGCUUAACGGCACGACUGGCCACACUCGUCACUAUCAUUUUGGGUGAAGGACUGAACGGAAUUACCGGCACACUGAAAUUUGCCGCCACAUCGCUGGGGUUCAAUUUCCGUUGCGUUGCUCUGGUCUUAUGUACAGCAGUUGUGGUUUACCUUACCUUUUACCUUUACUUCGAAGGCACGCGACCCAGAAUUAGCAAGAACCGUCGAUCCUUAUGGAUUUGCCUCCAUCUACCCUAUAUGCUCUGCGUUAUCUUGCUUAUGGAAGGCUUAAAAAACCUAUUGCUUUAUACGAUCCUCUACACCUCAUUGGAAUUCACAAUCACAAAAUUCACGACUUUCUUGAACGAUGCCAACCAAGGAGAUCCGAGUCAAAUGAUAGAUACUCUAAACAAGACCAUGACUCCUUUUUUGGCCAAGAUUGGAUUUUCCUGGGACGACGGUUGGAAACAUGUUAUGGAAACAGCCGGCUCUGGCACCCAAGACGAAUUCGAAAACCUUUUUGAAUUCGAAAGUGAUGACCAAUCGCCAGCAACCGAGCUGGCUAUCCUUCAAUACCUCCGUAACGACUCUGUUAUUCAUAGGGAUGUUUUGGAUGUUAACCUGCCUGAAUUCGGUAAAGUGUUAACCACUAUGGCCGAGCCACAUGUCCAAGGUGCCCGGUGGAUCAACGCGCUUGCUGGUGGCGCACUUAUCUGUCUUGCACUUAUUAAUAUUACCCAAUCUUGGCCCAAAGACCGUUACGCGUGGGGUUCCGCCAUUUCGCGUUUUUUGAACGGGACGAUCUUGCUAACGCUGCUAUUUAUGAAUGUUGAUAGUGGUGAUUAUAGCAUGGCAUCCAGUGAUGGCGCGAUAUGGGCAUGGUUGGAUUCAUUCUGGGCGCUGCCGACUCUGGCGUUCUCGCUCCUGGCGCAAGCCAUCGUGGAUCACAUGUUGUUGGUCCUUGCUGUCCGUUCUGCUGACCGAGCACUCCAGCGAACGUAUGAACCGAGUAUGCUUGAUCCACUUCGAGACAGUAAGGACCAUGCCUACGAUCCGCCGCAACCCAGUGGAGCAUCAAUCGCCACAACCUAUCCCCCUACUCCUGGAACUGGGGGAUACAAGAAUACUCAGAGUAAUUGGCAGCCACCAUACGUUCCUCAUACACAGCAGCAUCCGGUGUAUGCUUCACCCUCAGAGAUGGGUCAUCAGAGCAGCCAUGGUUUUGUUGCGCCACCGCCCCCGCCAACGCUACCGUUCCAAGCUACUGGUGGGACAGGUAUUCCUCCUGGCGGAAUUGUAACUCCGUCCCGCCCGCGUUGA